AUGGUCUUCAUCAGCGGCUGGUGUUGGCUCAAUUGUCACAGAGAUGAAUCUGAUGGGGGAUAUGGCUCUUUAGAUCUGAGGCUGGAUCUCAUCAUCUCCAUGACAACUGAGCAAACUCCAUCCACAGAUGAAGGCUAUAACAGAUUUGAACAUCCAGCUGGUGGCUACAAGAAGAUUUUUGAGACAUGCGAGGAGCUGUCUGAGGCUCUUCCAGCAACAGUGACAGGUAGGAUCCCCACAUUUCUGAAAGGAAGUCUUCUCCGUUUGGGACCCGGCCUUUUUGAGGUUGGGGAUGAACCCUUCUAUCACCUCUUUGAUGGCCAGGCCCUCAUGCACAAAUUUGAUUUCAAGAAUGGACAGGUCACCUACUAUCGAAAGUUUGUCAGAACAGAUGCUUAUGUGCGAGCUAUCACAGAGAAGCGUGUGGUCAUCACUGAGUUUGGCACAUUUGCAUACCCUGAUCCCUGCAAAAACAUUUUCUCCAGGUUUUUCUCUUACUUCAAGGGUGUUGAAGUCACAGACAACUGCCUGGUGAAUGUCUAUCCGGUUGGUGAGGAUUAUUAUGCUGUAACAGAAACCAACUACAUGACUAAAGUAAACACUGACACCUUGGAGACACUGAAGAAGGUUGAUAUGUGCAACUAUGUCAACAUAAACGGAGUGACAGCCCACCCCCAUAUUGAGAGAGACGGCACUGUGUACAACAUUGGGAACUGCAUGGGGAAAGGAGCAACACUGGCCUACAACAUUGUCAAAACACCACCAACACAGAAAGACAAGUCUGAUCCCAUCGAGAAAUCCAAGGUGGUGGUGCAGUUCCCUAGUGCUGAGAGGUUCAAGCCCUCCUACGUGCACAGCUUUGGUAUGUCAGAAAACUACUUUGUCUUUGUGGAGACUCCCGUGAAAAUCAACCUGCUGAAAUUCUUGAGUGCCUGGAGCAUCCGAGGCUCCAACUACAUGGACUGCUUUGAGUCCAAUGAGAGCCAAGGGACAUUGUUCCACAUUGCCAAGAAGGACCCAGGAGAGUACAUUGACCACAAGUUCAAAGGGGCACCCAUUGGCAUGUUCCAUCACAUCAACACCUAUGAGGACAAUGGCUUCAUUGUUUUUGACCUGUGUGCAUGGAAGGGCUUUGAGUUUGUUUAUAACUAUCUGUGGCUGGCCAACCUGAGAGCCAACUGGGAAGAAGUGAAGAAGGCGGCCAUGAUGGCGCCCCAGCCGGAGGUCCGCAGAUAUGUUAUUCCCCUGGAUGUCCACAAGGAGGAGCAGGGGAAGAACCUUGUCAGCCUGCCGUACACCACGGCCACAGCUGUGAUGCACGCUGAUGGGACGAUCUGGCUGGAGCCUGAGGUGCUGUUCUCUGGACCUCGCCAAGCUUUUGAGUUCCCUCAGAUCAACUACGAGAGGUACGCAGGGAAGAAUUACACAUACUCAUACGGCCUCGGUCUCAACCAUUUCAUACCAGACAGGAUCUGCAAGUUGAAUGUGAAGACCAAGGAGACCUGGGUAUGGCAGGAGCCAGACUCCUACCCCUCAGAGCCCCUGUUUGUUCAGACCCCUGAUGGGAUCGAUGAGGAUGAUGGUGUGCUGCUGACCAUUGUGGCGGCUCCUGGGUCCACGAGACCAGCAUACCUCCUCAUCCUCAACGCCAAAGAUCUGUCUGAGGUCGCCAGAGCAGAGGUGGAGUGCUCCAUUCCUGUCACCUUUCACGGGAUGUACAAACCGUAA